AUGAGGCCGCGACUGUGCAGCUGUGAGUCCGGAGGGAUGGAGCCUCCAGGCGGCGUGAGGCGGAGCGUCGUGCCGCUGCUGCUGCUGGUUCUCCUGCUCUGCUGCUGCGUUGCUCCGGAGCAAAGGGUGUGUCACUGCAGUGGGAAAUCGUUGUGUCACUGUGACGGGGUCAAAGGUCAAAAGGAGAAGAAAGGCUGGUUCCUCUCCGCUGAAGCUCAGAGAUCAAAGCCAGGGAUCAAAGCCAGGGUCACACACCUGAACCCACCUGGGCGGACGGGACUAUACUGCCCCUCUGUGGACGGCAGGGUGAACAUGGUCACCUUGGAGAACUUGGACUUCCUGGACUGGUUGGUUACCCUGGAAACGAAGGUCACCAGGGGUCACCAGGAGAGAAGGGUGAACAUGGAGCAGCAGGAAGUCCAGGACUCAAAGGGUCUUUCAGGGAAACCAGGUUUUCCAGGACCUCCAGGACUUCCGGGGCUUCCUGGACAUGACGGACCACUUGGCCAACCCGGUUUCCCAGGAUGCAACGGGACAAAGGUGGAGAUCGUACCUGCUCACUGGGUCAUCGGGGACGUUGGGUACAGAGGAGCCCCUGGACUUCCAGGACCUGUUGGCUUUCAGGGUCAACCAGGACAGCGAGGCACGAAGGUGAUGAACGCACAGAAGUUGCUGAUGGUCUCUGUUUUGUUCUGGUCUCAGGGCGACUCCUUCGUCUUCCCCGUCCCCCCCGACAUUAAGGGACCAACAGGUCCACCAGGACCAGAGGGAGAACAGGGGCUGAGGGGAGAUCUUGGUCCACUCGGACUCGCAGGACCACCAGGACCCGCUGGACGUCCUGGAAGUCCGGGGUUUCCUGGGUUACAGGGAGAAAAGGGUCAGGAGGGUCCCAGUCCGGUGAUCCCAGGUCCCAGAGGACUGAAGGGUGAUCUUGGACCUUCUGGGAUUCCUGGACAGAAGGGAAUCAAACUGUACGCUGAGGGACCCAAAGAGCUGAAGGGUGUUCCUGGGAAAGAAGGGGUGAAGGGAGAUAAGGGUGAUCAAGGUGACCUUGGCUCACUGGGUAAACCGGGAAAAGAUGGACUCGUCGGAGAACUCGGGGAUCUGGGAGACCCGGGGGACCGUGGGAACCUCGGUCCUCCAGGUAUCGAAGGAGCCGAGGGGGAGACAGGUGAUCGUGGACCUCCAGGUUUUCCAGGGGAGAUGGUUUGGAAUCACAUGUUCCUGAAGGGUCAGCCUGGUGUCCCGGGGUCCCGAGGACCCCCUGGAGCCCCUGGAGAAAGAGGAAUCCUUGGCUUCCCUGGACUGGAGGGAGAGACAGGUGUGGCUCCUCCUGGGCCUCUGGGCCCCCAGGGGACGCCGGGGUUGACAGGACCAAAAGGAGAAACAGGAGAACCAGGACCCCUCAUCAUUGGAUCCCCAGGAGAGACUGGAGUCCCAGGAGUUCCAGGAGCUGAAGGAGAACCAGGAGAACCAGGAGAACCAGAUUUCCUGCCUGGAGACAUCGGUCCUCCAGGAGCUGGAGGUGUGAAAGGCCUGAUGGGACUUCCUGGGACCAGAGGGGAGGAGGGACAGAUGGGUGACAAGGGGGAGACAUGCUUCGUCUGCCCGGUUGUUCCCGGAUCCCCUGGACCCCCGGGUCGACCAGGAGAGCCAGGUGAAGCCGGGGUGACAGGUGAGAAUGGUUCUCCGGGACCUGAAGGUGACACAGGGGUCGCAGGGGUUCGAGGACCACCUGGUGCACAGGGCCCCUUUGGUUUCCCCGGCUACCCGGGGACCCCAGGACCUGCUGGUGAGCCAGGGAUCCUGCACAGGGUGGGGGGGAAGGGGGAGGAAGGGGCCAGUGGGGGGGCAGGACAAUCAGGUCUUGUGGGGACAGACGGAGCUGUGGGAGUCCCUGGAUCAAAAGGUGUUGUGGGACAGAAAGGAAACCCUGGGCCUCUGGGACAGAAAGGUGACAGGGGCCCACUCGGGGGGGGCGGCCCCAGAGGACUGACAGGACAGAGGGGACCUCCAGGACCUCCUGGGGUCGGCCUUCCAGGACCUCCAGGAGCCAAAGGCAGCGUGGGGGUCCUGGGACAGCGAGGGACUCCUGGAAAACAAGGUGAAAAAGGUUCUCCAAGUGAAAUCAAGACUUCUCCAGGGGAUCCAGGACAGAAAGGAGAGAAAGGUUUAUCAGGAAAUCCAGGACCUGAAGGUGUGACGGGAGCUCCAGGUGAUCCUGGACCUGCUGGUCCAAAGGGGGAAGAAGGAGACAGUGGGUUUUCUGUGCAGGGGCCCCCAGGGUUCCCAGGGGUGAAAGGAGUGAAGGGACCUUCAGGUGAUCCAGGCUUAUCGAGUUUUGGAAUCAAGGGCCGUGCGGGACCAUCUGGUCCACCGGGGGUGCCGGGGCCGAAGGUAGUGUGGACCAAACCUAAACCAUGUCCAAGGGGGACAGAGCUGCUGGGUUCCCAGGACAGCAGGGUCAGCCAGGCCCUCAGGGAGAUGAUGGCUCUGUGGGCUCCCGAGGAGAACCCGGACCCCAGGGAAUCAAUGGAGUUCCAGGACCUCCGGGACAGGAUGCCCCACCAGGACCCAAUGGUCGUUGUGGUCCGGAUGGUGAACCUGGUGCCUUUGGUUUUGUUGGACCCUGUAAGGAAGGAGAUCCUGGACCUGAUGGAGAGGAAGGACAGAUGGGUGUCAUCGGAUUCACAGGUAGUUCACUCAGGAAGGGCCAGAGGCUCAAAGGGGUUACAGGGUGACCCUGGGCGGCCGGGUGUGGGACCCCUGGGGCCUCGGGGGGCAUGCGGGACUCCAGGGCUCGAUGGACCUCAAGGACCAAUAGGAGGUAUCGGACUGGAAGGCCUGAGUGGGACCAAUGGGGAGCCAGGAAGCCCAGGUACUAGAGGGGACACGGGUCCUCCAGGACUUCUUGGGCCUAUAGGGGAUGAUGGGAAACCAGGAGAUACGGGGCGACCAGGACCACAAGGUCAGAUGGGAGUGGACGGGGUCAGGGGUUCUCAGGGGCCUCCAGGGCCUCAGGGGGACAGAGGGCAGACCGGACCUAAAGGACUGCAGACCUCUGUUGAGACACAUGGAGACCCGGGAGACGCUGGAGAUCCAGGGCCCACAGGGAUCACUGGUAGUAAAGGAGGGAGGGGCCUCUCUGGACCUCAGGGCCCGGACGCCAGCAGCGGUGCCCCUGGAGAGGCCGGACCAGAAGGCCUUCCUGGCGACCCUGGCAGAGAUGGACAGACGGUUCCUCCUGGUCCCAGGGGUCUUCCUGGUAACCCAGGGGAGAUGGGGAGGCCAGGAUUUCAAGGUGAGAAAGGUUCCACAGGCCCAUGUGGAGAAUCUGGCCCAGAUGGACAACCAGGAUCAGGAGGUCCUAAAGGUUAUAAAGGAGAACCGAGUCCACCUGGACCUGGAUCUAAAGGAUGUCCUGGAGAGAAGGGGAAUUCAGGGUGUCCAGGACUAUUAGGAACAAAGGGGAAACCAGGAGACUCUGGGAACUUUGGUCUUCCAGGAGUCUGUGGCCCCUGUGGCCCUAAAGGAGACACUGGGCCCCCGGGAUGCAGAGGUAACAAGGGGGCUCCUGGAGAUCCUGGUCCGGCUGGUCCGAGAGGGAACCAGGGACAAGAUGGGAUACCUGGGCCUCCAGGAGAGAAAGGAGCCAUGGGAGUAUUCUUUCCCCAGCUCCUGGAACUGGACCCCGGGGCCCAGAAGGAGGGAAAGGUCCACUUGGCUCAUUUGGAGAGAAGGGCCCUCCAGGUCCGUGUGGCCCUGCUGGUUCCAGUGGUCCUGGGGGAAAUCCGGGUUGUCCUGGUCCCCCUGGACCCCCUGGUCUUCCCGGCUAUCCUGGACGGGAAGGAAUCUGUCCCUCCGGCUGUCAGGGUCCUCCUGGUCCUCCAGGUCCUGGUAAUAAAGGAGAGAUGGGAGCUAAGGGAGCAACUGGUGGCCCAGGAUCCCCUGGUUACCUUGGCGACCCUGGGCCAAGAGGAAAGCCGGGGGGAGAAGGACCCCUGGGACCACCUGGACACAAAGGCGGGACUGGAGAAACUGGUGUCACAGGACCUGUGGGGAGACGAGGGACCACCAGGUAACACCGGGUCACAAGGACCCCCAGGACCAACUGGGAGGAGAGGAACAAGGGGGAAGGAUGUAUCCAGGGAGGUGGACCUAGUUCUAGGAGACGAAGGCUUGACUGGAGAUCAGGGCCGCCAAGGACAAAAGGGACCCCCAGGGGCUCGUGGGAGACAAGGAAUCCCAGGUGUGAAGGGGAGUGAAGGGCAAGCGGGUAACCAAGGAUCAGGAGGUCAUCCUGGACUGAAAGGGGAUCAGGGAGGCAGAGGAUUCCAGGGACUGAAAGGUUCAAGUCCAGGGACCAGGUCCAUGUCCAGAAACAAGGUCCACAUCCAAAGACAAGGUUCUCAUCAUGAGACCAGGUUCAAGUUCAGACACCAUGACCACAUCCAGACACCAGGUCCACAUCCAGAGACCAUGUUCCCAUCCAGAGAUCAGGUCCGCAUCCAGAGACAAGGUUCACAUCAUGAGGCCAGGUUCAAGUCCAUAGACCAGGUCCACAUCCAGAGACCAGGUCAACGAGGUCUGGUCGGUGCUAAAGGUAUUCCAGGUCUGCGGGGUCCCUGUGGGGACACGACAGAGAAGGACGGCUUCCUGUUCACCAGACACAGCCAAAACCUCUUUGUCCCAUCAUGCCCUGCAGGGUCCAGUGAGGUGUACAGUGGAUACUCACUGCUGUUCAUCAACGGAAACAACCGAGCUCACGGACAAGACCUGGGUACGUUAGGCAGUUGUCUCCCUCUCUUCACCACCAUGCCCUUCUUGUUCUGUAACACCGACAGCACCUGUCGCUACGCCUCACGCAACGAUUACUCCUAUUGGCUCUCCACCAACGAAACACUGCCAGGCAGCGUCCCAUUUAUCUCUGGGCAACUUCUGGAGAGUUACAUCAGCCGGUGCACUGUAUGUGAGGCCCGAGCUAACGUGAUCGCUAUCCACAGUCAGACCAGUUUGGUCCCAGACUGUCCCUCGGGCUGGGAUCCUCUCUGGUUUGGAUUCUCCUUCGUGAUGGAAACAGGUGUGGGGGCGGAGGGGUCAGGUCAGCCCCUGGCCUCACCUGGAUCCUGUCUGGAGAACUUCAGGAAGAUUCCCUUCAUCGAGUGUCACGGCCGAGGAACCUGCAACUACUACACCGACUCCUACAGCUACUGGCUGGCUGCGCUCAACCCCAGAGACAUGUUCAGUAAGCCGAAGCCUCAGACUGUGAAAGGAGAGUUUCCAGGAGGUUUGAUCAGUCGCUGUCAAGUGUGUACGAAGAGGCUGUAA